GAUACGUCUUUAGACAGCUUUGAUGCCAGACAGUUGAAGCCAUGGGCCAAGUCAGCGGCUGCAAGCCAGAGUGCUGCGAGGCAGUGAAAGCACAGCGCGAGGACGAAGGUUGCGAGGCCAAGUUCCCGGCGCGGCUUCACCAUUUCUCGGCCGAGUGCGAGAGCGGCGAGGGCGACGAGGGCGACGAGGGCGACGAGGGCGACGAGGGCGACGAGGGCGACGAGGGUGAUGUGAACGAGGAUGCUGGGCGCAUGUCUGAAUCGUUUCAAGCCCAUGACUCCGAGCCCUUGGCGCUAAGUCUGAGCGGCGCCUCUGAGUUGGUGAAGGUGCUGGAGCCAGACGUGGACAUUCUGCGUGGCGUCGCUUUGAGCAGUACCCUGACAGGGGCGGGGCGCCUGUGGCGCUACUCGCCCAAAACCUUCAGCACCCAGCACCGCAUGGCUUUGUACGCCAAGUCCAAGCCCAUCGACCAGCUGGAUAUGUUCAUCUCCCACACUUGGUGGACUCCGGGUUGGCGGAAGGGUUUGUCUUUGCACCUGCAGAGUAGCUGGCGCAUCUUCCUGGUCUCCUGGGCCGUCUUUGUGACCACGAGCUUCGUGCUCUGUGUUACCCGGGUGCUGCCCCUGCCCUUCGUCUAUGAAGCUAACCUGCUUGCGUUCCAGGGCGUUUGCCCCAUGGGCUUUUGGAUCCUGGCGUCAGGGACGAUAGGUCCGGCGCUGGUCUCGGUGGUCUCUCUCUACUUGCCCAGCAGGUCUCCUGUCUGCUUUGUGGAUGUUGCAUGCAUCCACCAGGAAGACAAGGCCCUCAUGCAACGCGGUGUCCGCGGAAUUGGCGGCUUUCUCUCAGUGUCGCGGGAGCUGCGUGUGCUGUGGAGCCCGCCGUACCUGUCCAGGCUCUGGUGCAUUUUUGAGCUGGCGGCCUUCCGUACAGCCAACCCGACGGGAAAGGUCACUCUUGCGCCGCUCUUCGUCGAGAUGGCCGUGUUCUUCAUCUGGCUAUUUCUUUGCGGAGGCAACGCUUUGUUCUGGCUUGCGCGCUCGGGCGAGGGGGGUGCAUCUAUUGCGGCCUAUGUCUGGGUUGCAGUGCCCGCUCUACCUGGAGUCCACCUGCUUCGAAAGAACUACCGCGCAAAGCACCAACUUCUGGCAGACAUGAGGACCUUCAACCUGGACUCGGCGGAGUGCUACUGCGAAUCAGACCGGCGCUUCAUUCACUCAGCCAUCUCGGAUUGGUACGGGAGCACCCGAGCAUUCACGUGCUUCGUGCAGGGGCCUUUGCGCGAGGAGCUCACGGCGCCCAUUCUGGCCGCCAACUUGCCCUGGCCUUACAUACUGCUUCUGAUCACACCCACCUUCAGCCUCAGCAUGGAGACACUGGUGGCCCUCUUGAUGGGAGGUGCCCCGAUGAAGUAUGCGGUGGCUUGGACGGCUGGGAUGCUUCUCGCCAAUAACUGCUUCUAUGUUCCGUACUUCGUUCUGUUGAUCAUCUACCUUUGCGACCGCUUUGCGCAACCGCGAGGCUUAACCAGGCUCUCGGACUAUCUGCAGUCUGUUGGGAUCGUUUUCUUCUUCCUGCUGACCACUGCUUCCCUCAGCACGGUCUCCAACUUCCUGGUCGCUGCGGGACCCUGGACUGCCUUGGCCUGGCUCGCAGGCGCUCUGGUGAUCUUCGUCUUGCUGUGCGCACGGAGGCCUCCCUAAUUUUGACGGCCUCGCGCUUUUUGUCGUCGAGACUACCAGGGUGCUUCGUGGCAG